UUGUAGCGGUACGCAAAAAUAAGAUAUAUUCCUUUAACUAACUACUGUCGCUUACGUGCAAUACAUUGAUACAUAUUACCUUGGGUAAUUACGCCAUUAACAAAAAUAUACCAACUGAAAUGACUGUCGGUGUGCUAAUAGUUAGAACUCAUUACGAAGGAAUAUUAAUCUUCAGAGCGCAAGAAGGCGCUUUCGCCUCUGUCUCUUUAAACUCUCUGGACUGUCGCCAGUAACAUGAAUGGUGCUGGACACGUGAGUUUGUCUCAAUGUGCUCUCUCCUCUUAACGCCGCUGAAUUUCUCCUGUUUUCUCUGGCUCUUCUCCAAAUCCCAGCUUUUUUGCGCCUUUGGUGCCUCCCCCUCCCCGUGUUAUCCACCCACGGGAAAACUGAUUUUCUUCCUCCCUCUCUCUCGCUCUCUUUUUUUUUUUUUUUUUUUUUUUUUUUUUAAAUAUACCUCAUCCUCAUUCGGUCAGUGGACUGGUUUCGUAUGGACAGCGGAGAUGUAUUUAAAAUACCAACUUAUUUUUUAAACCAAUCCGUGCAAAAAUCUUGUCCCCGUGAUUCUUGAAGUUCCGCAGCAGACUUGUCGGCGCGUGGAUUUGACAGUGCACUGUCACAUUUUCUUUGCAAAUGUAUCGCACUCAGUUGUACAGACGAAACCGAAAUUCCAAUCGAUCACUGGCUUAUUUUAUUACUAAAGCCACCCCCACCCAGCUCUAAAGAGAAGACAUUUUUGUGUGCCAAACACUGAACUGGGCAGCACGUGCUAUUCAUAAUACUUUGAAGGCUCUCCCCAUCUUUAUUUUAUUUUUUUUGCUUUGCGCAACCCUCUCUUGCAAAUACACAUUUAUUGGGGUCUGUUUAUUUUACACUUGAAUUCGCCGGUUCUAACUUUAAAGGAACAAGGAACCACAUCUCGUGUUCCGCACCAGGACGUCCGGUGUGCAGGAAUCAGCCGCGUCUGAAAGUAGAAGGUGCAGGAGAUUACAGUUUGGUCCAAGUCACAAUGAGUGCUCGCGGUGAGGAAGCCGGCGAAGCUUCAGGAUCCCAGGAGCAGCCCGCACCGGCUGAUCCUCCGAAGAGAGGACCGGGCAGACCAAGGAAGCCGCCUCAAGAGCCCACGGGCGAGCCUGUCCCCAAACGACCGAGAGGGCGCCCUAAAGGAAGCAAGAACAAGGGCCCCUCCAAGGCAGCGCAGAAGAAAGCCGAGGCCACAGGUGAGAAGAGACCCAGAGGCCGACCCAGGAAAUGGCCACAGCAAGUGGUCCAGAAAGAGCCUGCUCAGGAACAAGAAGAAGAAGAAGAAGAAGAAGAGGCGGAGGAGGAGUCGGGAGAGGAGGACUAAGGAACCACAGCGUUGAACGUCUACCUCAUUCAACUGUCAGGUCUUUCAAAGGGAAAAGACUGCCUUGACCACUUAUUGUUGACUUUCCACUUUUUUUCGUUCUCAAGUUUGGUUCCAUAUUUGAAAAAAAACAUUUGAUUUUUUCGUUUUUGUUUGUUGAUUUGGGGAUUCUUGAGAAGAACACACGCUACACCUCAGCAAAAAUGAACGGCAUGCGACGUAAUGCAGAUGGCGAACAGAGCCUCCUGGUUGUUCUACCGCCGGUUCUAAACUGCGGUAAGCACACAUGCAGGGGUCAGACACACAACAUGUGUCUCCGCUGUGCUUGCUCCGGUCUACUCCCACUCUACACAGCCACACACAAACAAAAACUGCACACACACACACACACGCAUGCACACUUACACACUCC